AAUAUUCUUACAUCUCGAGAUUAUGACUAUAAGCAACCCCCGUAUAAAAAGCACUAAAAUAUCCUCAAUCCAAUCACACAAUUGACCUUUAAAGCAUCCAAGCACAAUGGUCAAAGGAAGAGUCGCUGCAUUACAAGUUGGUUCAGAAGCCACAACUCAAAAAACCCUGGAAAAAAUCCUAUCUUUUGAACAAGCUUUGGCCAAGGAGGAACUUGAUCUAGUUGUCAUUCCUGAAGCUACACUAGGUGGAUAUCCUAAAGGUUGUUCAUUUGGUUCUUUCUUGGGGUAUAGAUUACCAGAAGGUCGUGAACAGUUCCUUGAAUAUUUUAAACAAUCUGUUAAAAUCCCUGAAGGUGAAGAAAUUAGAGUAUUGGAAUCAUUCUCCAAAAAAAUCAACGCUACAGUUGCAAUUGGUGUUAUUGAAAAUGGUGGCUCUACAUUAUAUUGUUCUUUGGUUUAUAUUGAUCCAAAACUAGGUUAUGUUGGUAAACAUAGAAAAUUGAUUCCGACAGCAUCUGAAAGGUUAAUCUGGGGUAGUGGUGAUGGUUCAACAUUACCAGUUAUUGAAAGUAAAGUUGGUAGAAUUGGUGGUGGUAUUUGUUGGGAAAAUUAUGCUCCAUUAUUUAGAACUGCGUACUAUGCAAAGGGACUCGAUGUUUGGGUUGCACCAACUGUUGAUACCAGAGAAAUUUGGAGAGUUUCAAUGAGAACUAUUGCUUAUGAAUCAAGAUCUUUUGUUAUCUCUGCUGUUCAAUUCCAACCUGCUGUUAGUGAAGAGAAAACACCAAUUGGUUGGGAGAAAGGCGUCAAUUUGAUCAAUGGUGGUAGUGUCAUCGUUAACCCAAUGGGUGAGAUAAUCGCUGGACCUUUACUUGGUGAAGAAGGCUAUAUAGUGGCUGAUAUUGAUCUUGAUGAUGUUAUCAGAGCUAGAUUUGAUUUAGAUCCUGUUGGUCAUUAUUCCAGGGGAGAUAUUUUCAAAUUAACGGUUGAUGAAUCACCAAAGGGUGUUCAAUUCACAAAAUAGUAAAUUUCAAUAGACUUCGAUAAUCUACAAAAUUCAAAAUGACAAAUCCAAAGGAAAAAAUAUCUUAAAUAUUAUAAUAA